AUGCGACUCAUAGUAGACUAUCCGUUUCGAUCGCAAAAGUCGGAUCGUAAUGAUCAUUUUUCUGUAGUAGAUCAUCUGGAGUAUGUCUCUGGUACAAAGGGGGUGAUCAGGAAGGACCCGGUUAUUAGACACCCGACCGAAUUUUUACUAAUGGACCCGGAACCGGGUGAUACUUCCUUGGAUGAGAGCUAUAAACAAAUUAUCCAAGGUAUAGAGGCCCAAGAUAUAUGUCUAGUAUUGCGAGCUGCCGGGGAUGCAUUAUGGGAACUCCGGAGACCUGGUCAUGGGCCUGAAACAUACCAUCACCUCUAUAAGCAGGUCACUGAUAUAUUAGAGCAUGUUAGCAAGUGGUAUGUUCAAGAUGACUUCAAGUAUCGGCGGAACAUUUUACAUAUCUACGCAUCCAGCCAGCAAAACGGGAAUGUCGUACCCCGGCUUUACCUGAUGAUUGUAGCAGCUUACGCAAUUUUGUACAGACAAUACAUAGUGCGGUGUCAUGUGCGACCCGGAACCAGCUCGGCCGGAACCAGCUCGCAAACAACCAAACCGGCUGGAGUAUCGGGUACUCCAGGAUUUGCUGAGCCUACAACAACCGGGAAUGAAACGGACGGCUCCAUAACAAUAGCCGGACUGGCCGAAACUUUGGCAUUGGAUGAAACAAACCCUUACUCGGUCCUUAAAGAUCUUAUAUGCAUGCUUAAUACCAGUCAAGAUCCUCUUAGAUCUUUAUACGUCCGAUAUUUUGCGACCGUGAAGAUGAAUGAUAUUAUUCUCAAGAUUCGAAAUAUCAAGUACUAUAACCACCUGUCGUCCUGGCCAUUAGUUGAUGGCCAGCAGCCGACCCAGGAUCUGACGAGUGACAAAUCCGUAGUUGAGUUAAGGAGGCAGAAGACGGAAAAACAGCAACGAGUCGUUAACGGGAUCCACUCAUCUGCACCUCCAUCAGAAGCUCCAAUAUUAAAUGAGCAUAAUGUAUUCGAUUUCUUUAUGGCAAUGUUGAUAGCAGACUUAAAGCUUUUAACCCGAAUAGAAUACAAGUACGGCAGAGGUGUGAUCGGAGCUGAGGUGCGGUCCAAGCAUACGUUUAUUGCUGAUGAGGCUUUCAGCGCUUUAUAUGAUGUCAUCGAGUCCCCAAAUAGCGCGCGAAAUUAUUGGACACACACAUUUGCUCCCAGAUUAUUCAAAGUAAGUACGCGCUUCAAGAACAAUACAACUCUGAACUACUUUUACGGGAAUAUUAUUGCCCGAUCAGGUUCAACCCGAUUGAUUAUGAUCAUGGACGAGCUGCUUCUUAGCAUUUUUCACUGUGGAAUAGAUUCAAUAUCAGAUCUGGGAGUGCUACUGGACCAGGUAUUGAUAAGUUGUGGUGCUCAGAAUGGAUACCGCCCGGAGUCGAAUAUCUCCUGCCAAGACGCGUGUUCAACGGACAACGAACGUUUGAUGACGAUCCGAGAGGUGGCCACAAAUAUCCACAUAAAGCUAGUUGAAACAGUCCCCGAUUUAAUUCAUCAAUUCACCGCCGUUGAACCCCAUCGUCUGCCUAAGAUGCUUCAUCAUUGGGUAUAUUUGGUCAGGAUUCUAUCCAUUUAUGCCAGAUACGGUAUAUCCGUAAUUCGCUCCGUCAAGUUGCUAUUAGACCACAUGUGUAAUCCGCUCCAGGGAUACCCAUCUCAGGGAUUCCCAUCACAGGGGCAGCCACCACCACCAGACUUGAGCAGUAGAGAGAGUUUUGGGAAGGCCCCUCCCCUAGAGAACGGAAACGAACACCCGGACACCGCAAGCGAUCUCACGGAAGUGUCUGGCGCCGACGUCUUCCGUGCAUGGGAGUCUCUUCGAAGCCGAGUUCAGAGUCCGGUACUAGCUGAAGGUAUUGCUGACGUUAUCAAACUCUCUAUUGAACAUCACGGCUUCGUUCCCGAGGUAGAGGAUUUCAUCAACUCAAUUCUGUUCUACUUCAAAAAUGACGCCAACACUUAUGCGCUGAGCAUUUUGCGAGGCUUGAUUCAGAAAGAGGACAUAUCCAGUCUCUGUAGAUCUACUGGAGACCUCUCGGCUGAAGCCGCUCAGUCUCUUGGUGCGCACCAGCUGGCCGGGCCACCGAGGAUUACACGAAUUCUGGAGCUAAUCGUCGGCCAAUUGACGGAAGAAUGCUCGCAGUCGUUUGAAUUAGCUCAACUAGCACACAAGGUUGGAGACUGCCAAGUUCCUUCAGAUGACAAAUUCGCCAUUUUCGCUGUCCUCCGUGGCGCUUGCGAGUAUCUGAAAGCUCGUGGUGUAAAAUGCCCCGUGGAUCUGGCAGCUCUUUGUCACGAAUGUAAUCGGCUAGUAUCCGACGUCUGGAACAAGAUGCUGGUUGAACACCGCAAGAUGCAACAUGAAAAACACGAGCCACGCCAAGGAGACCGACCAGAGGCACCGGGAAACCGAGCAGGAGAUGCCGCCGACGGAGCUGGAGCGGGAGCUCCCGCCGACGGAGCUGGAGCGGGAGCUCCCGCCGAUGAAGUUGGAGCAGAAGAGGCCGCCGACGGAGCUAGAGCUGCCGCACAAAAUAGGCAAGGGACCCUCCAACUUGAAGCACACGGAUCGGUUAGUUACGUAACCAAUGUCUUAGCAGAAAGUCGCCCUGCCGGAAGGACCGAAAGUCUCCUCGACUUUGAAUUAGAACAGCCGGAAAGUGCGCGGCCGGAAAGUGCGCGGCCGGAAAGUGCGCGGCCGGGAAGUGCGCAGCACGAGAGAGCGAGCCAACAAGAGGAUGCCAAUCCCCAAGAAAAUACGAGCAGUCUGGAGGGUACGGCAGAGCAGACUGCAUCCAAGUUGACUGACUCAGCGGAGCAAAAAGCUACAAAGGAUUCUUGGAACGAGGACAUCAUGGAGAGCCGUCUGGGUCAUCGCUACUCGUUAAAAAUGCUGAUUCAGUUCCUUCACGGAUGCUGUACUGAUUUAAUUGACCUCCAUGCCGACCUGAGUUUCCCACAUCUCCUCUCGGCGGCCGUCCUAACGAACCAGAUGAAGGGAGAGUAUACCAAUGCCACUUACGAGUUUGUGUCAUUGGCCAUACAAGUGUACGAAUCGAGCUUCGUAAACACAAAAUAUGAAGUUAGGUCGCUCCAGAAACUGACCUACAUUUUAUACUCAUAUAUAGACACCAUUGAUCCGCAACACUGGAACAUGAUUAUGUAA